GAGCGGGGGACACUGGUGAUGAGCGCGGAGCGAGGUCGGUGGCCGGCACCCCGGCCCGCUCAUCCCGUCAUCACGUGCGCCGCUGUCAGGCCCAGCAGCCGCCUCCAUUCAUCGGCAGCGCUCCGGCCCGCGUCGACUGCGACGGCUCGCUAUAAAAGCGGCGUCGGAGCCGACGGACCGGCAGAGCAGCCGACGCCCGCCGCCGUCCCUACACCGACCAGCUGAGUUGCAUCAUGAGGACCGGACUGGUCUGCCUCCUGCUGAGUGUGGUGGUGGCCGCGGCCCUGGCCGCGCCCGACCGAUACUCCAGCGACGAGCUCGACCUGGGCACGCGGCAGGUGAUCGGGGAGCUGGCUGGCCGGAUUCUGCGUCUGGCCCGGCCCGCCAGCCCACUCGGCACGCAGAAGCGAAACUCGGAGCUCAUCAACUCGCUACUCGGCCUGCCCAAGAUCAUGAACGACGCCGGACGAUGAGACCGGGCGAUGACGACACAGCUCUGCAGGGCUGCUGCUCAACGGCGGCCGACCCCCCGCCCGCCCACCACCGACGCUGGCGACAUCAGACCCCGUGUACAUACGUUAUAGGUGGCGCUGCCUGAGCAGAAUCCUUCCGUUCGUUUUCAACGCUGGCAAUUCGUUUCGCCGUAGUGCGAUGGCUGUUAUCGUUCCCACGGACGUGUCAUGAGGGCACGGUGUUCCAGAUUUUGUCGCGCGUCAGGGGCAGUGCAGGGUACCUAGAUGUCUCGCCUUGCAGAGCGCGCCUGCCCCCCGGUCACUCCACCUACUCCGCAUGAGACCCGCUCGGAAAAGUAGCGUCGUUUCAUCCUACUCGUCCUCUACCGGAGCCCGUUGCGUUCAAACCAGGUGGCGCCAAUACAGCCAGUGGAUAUCA